AAUUCAUCUUGUUUGCUUUGGCCCAAUUGUCUAAUCUGUUAAGGUCAUUCUGAAGUGUGAUCCUGUCCUCUGGGGUAUUAGCCACCCCUCCCAAUUUGGUGUCAUCUGCAAACUUGCUCAGGAUGCCCUCAAGCCCAUCAUCCAAGUCAUUGAUAAAGAUGUUGAAUAAGACUGGGCCCAAGACAGAACCCUGUGGCACCCCACUAGUCACUACUCUCCAGGAUGAGAAGGAGCCAUCCUGAAGAGAAGGCAAAAUCUGUACUGCAUGGCUUGGCCCCCACCAACAGGAAUUCUGCAGGUGGAUUCAAUGCACAAGCACUUCCCACAAACGUGCUCUACUGCUUAUGGCAGAGAUUUUGCCAGAGUACCUAUACUGGCUUCUGUUUAAUCCAUAUACUAUUUGGGCCUCAUCUGUUGCAAAUGCCAUGCCUUGCUGACCUAAGAAUUUAUUCCAGCUCUCUAUUGGCAGGUAACAAUAGCUUAUAGCUGUUGUUAUGAGUAGGGUAGCCUGUAUGCUGAGACCCUUCUAAACCCUAGAUCCCGGCAAGUGUUAAAAUAUGAGCUAGCUUCCUGAUGAGGCAAUCGCCUGGGUGAUGGGCCAUUAAGGGGAGCAAAGAAAAAGAGCCCUGUGCAAGAUGGAGCCCAUCCCUCAGCUCACAUAUAGUUAGAAGGACAAGGCCAGAGUUUAGAGUUGCAGUGAUGUGAGCUAGACUGCUAGAGGGAAAGCAGAAAGCUGGAGAGAGAAUCAGGCUGGUGUUUGAUUUCUGUUUGAAUCCAAGGCUGAGACUACAGGGUGUGAAUUCUGUGAACCCCUCUCUUGUCGGCUCAGGUUGUAUAUGCGCAUAACCAUAUCCUAGAGACACCACAGUCUCUGCUGUGCUUCAUUCCAAAGGAAACACAAACCCUGGGUAAGCACCUCGAACCCCUGGAAUCUCAUCCUGCUCGGAGACUAGGGUUGUGUGCUUAAAUGAAAUGAGGACCACUCCUGGCUAUUCUCAGCUCACAACCCUUUCUGGAACAUUUUCAGAAUCUGGAAAGCAAAAUCUGUGCCAUAAGCCAGAACAUCUGGGGAAAGACUGUUUAAAAAAUAAUAAUGGAGAGAAUUAUUCCAAUUGUGCACUCAUACACUCUUGCCAGAGUGCAGGAUAUGGAACGGGAAAGCAUGGUGCUAACUUUGGGCAAGGUUCCCUUAGCCUCACUUAACCUCUCAUAAUUUCUGUGGCGAUAAAAUUGGAUUGUCCUCCUGGCUUGGAGAAAGGGUGGAAGACAGGUGUGAUGAAGGCAUAGCUGCUAGCAUGGUAGUAGUACAUGACUGUUGAAACCUGUCGUUUCUUUAAAGCAGGAGGAGCUAACCUGUGACCCCCUCAGAUGUUGCUGAACUACAACCCCCAAAAUCCUUCCAUCAUUGGCCAUGCAGGCUGUGGCUAAUGUGAGUUGGAGUCACCUGAAAAUUUGAAGGGUCCCACAGGCAGGGCCAGGUGGGGAGUGGGGCAGGAGUUCAAAGUUCAAAGUAGGCUUCAGAUUCAGGAACCUGUUACAUUUUUUGGCAUUUGUAAAGUUUCACAACUUGUUUUUAUGGACAUGGGACCAACAUGGGACAGACACACUCUCAGCUUAGAGAUGCAAAUGUACGGAAAUAAGAGGUGUGAUUUGGUAGAAGUAAGGCAGCCAUACGUCCAGGAAUCAGACUGUCAAAAUGGCAUCCAUAUGUCUGGGGAAACCUAGACAUAUGGCAACUAGGGCGAUUUUUAAAAGAAAAACGCUGUAAAAAUCCCACUUUUGGGACUAUGGCAGCCCUAAAAUGCUCUUUGUUUGUUAACUGUUAUAGACUGAACUGGAGUUGUUCUCUUGAUAACUGGAAAUCUCUCUGCAGCUUCUGCAAUGUAAAUCUCAUUGAAGAGACUACCUCUUUCAGCUAGUUGGAGAAGAAAGAGGGAGGGAGACAGCCUCUAGCCCUUUUCAGCUUGGAGAGAGAGAGAGACUGAGGGAGAAUUUCUAAUUGUAAGCUGACUGGAGAGGAAGCAUCCUUGGAAGACAAUUGUUCUCUUUGUGGACUGAGUGCAUGAUUAGUACGGUAGUUGUGUUGCCUGCUGAAAGCAUCUGUGCUGUUUCCACCAUGCUCUGCUUGCUCCUUAGUAAAUACAGCAAAAAUAUGAAGCUGCUCUCUCUCAUCCAAAUAACCCUAAACAUUGUAGUGUGGGGCCUGGAUUUCUCACUCCUUGAAUAAAUUGCAGAAUAUCAAAUCUAAAAGUACUAACAUUAAAGUGCAGACCGUCUCUUGGGAACAUUUGUUUCUUUUCCAUAGAAAUGAAACUUGUCAGCAAACUUUUUAGCACAGCUCAGUUAAAAUUGGCAAGGAGUCAGACAACAAAUGUUUUGGGGGGCCAGGACUGGUCUCUGUGUUGCUAGUUUUCUAUCGCUUCAUUAGAUAAUAUCUCAGUUCCUCAAAAAGUCAACACUUCAGCGCACCUUCCCCACACAAAAUGUCCUUAUUGCGACCAUCAAGGCAUACCUAGAGGAUGAUGUCCUGUCUAAAACAAAGAGUCCAAGAUUGUCAUAUUAUUUAUUCUGUCUGGUUGGAUUUGGCUGUGUUUCCAUGUUAAAGUCCUGCCCUGUGGACCAGUGGGUGGUUUCCCACACCUUCUGUAGGAGGUGAAGUGACAUGCAAAGGAAGUUUGGCAUCCAGAUUCGCCGAGUGAAGGGGCUGCCACAUCACUUUCCAAAUUCAUCAACCACAUUAUUUUGUUGAGGGUGGAGUGGGCACCUGGCUAUUUUAAAUGAUACGUGUAGCAGGACUGUCCUUUUCAUAUGCAAAGGCUUUUGUUUUUCCCAUGUUCUACUGACCUCUGAGGUUUUUCUGGAAUGUGCUCGGGAUUCUUAGAAAUUAAAGCUAGAUGAUCCCAUAGGAAGAAAAAAGCCUUGUUUGGACUAAGGCUGCCAAGAUAUCCUUAAAAGGAAGAGUCUGCCUGACACAUAGCACUGAAAGCAUUUUGUGGCGGUUUUGGCCUCUGCUGGAACUGAGGACUCGCUAUGCCAAAUAUCCACGGGAGAUUCCAGUCUUUCAGGCUGUGCAAACACCACACAAGGUUUGUAGAGCUAUAUCCAGUGUUUCCCAAACUUGGGUCUCCAGCUUGAUGUUAGAUUACAACUCCCAUCAUCCCUGAUGAAGUUUGGUCUUGCCAGCUAGGGAUGACGGGAUUUGUAGUCCAACAACAGCUAAGGGAUUCAGGUUUGAGAAACACUGCGUAUUAAGUCAUUGUGAGCAAUAAGAUCUCACGCAGCUUUAAAAACAAACAAAAAAUCUGGGACAAAUCCCCCACAAGGUUCUCUCUUAUAGUAGCCACGCUUAAGUUGAUGAGAACCACACAAAAUAUGAAUAGUAAUUUUUAUUGAGUUUUCAAUAUUGCUAUACAAUAUAAAAAGGAAAACAAAUGCAGAAUAAGAGAAAAUAAACAAACCAAUGUUUGUGGGUGGGGUUCAAAAUAGCAACACCAUAGACAAAUGGAAAAGAACUUCUGGCAUCGGAACAAGAAAUUAUAGAUAAAGAGAUCAAUCUGAGAGGUCAACUCAUUUUACAAUUCCCAAUAUAUCCAGUAUCAUAGCCAUGGAAAGACCUGACUCUCUCAGAGAUAUUCUAAGGUCCUUUGCCAAAUGUUCAGCAUUCUUAUCUUUUUAAUCAAGUUUUCUUCCCCGUUACUUAGAAAGAUAUCAGAAAAGACGUGCAGGGUGUAUUCUACCCAACUGCUCACUAAGAUCUGGUGUGAACAUGAUACUAACCCACGCGGUGUAAAUGUACAGUACUGGGGUCUUAUUUAACUCAGGUGCUCAGCUUCUGCGCAUGUUUUGUUAGGAUCCCAGCACAGCACUCCACCCAGGCUAUAGGUCCCUGACAUGGGGUGGUAAUCCUGUUUGUUUUAUUUAGUAGGUUCCCAUGCCAACUUUCCCCCAAGGAACUCAAAGCAGUGUACAGGAUUUUCCUUUCCCAAGUUUAUCCUCUCAUCAAUCCUGUGUGGUCAGUUAGGCUAGUUGGUUCAAAGUCACCCAUUGAGCUGAACAGGAUGCAAAUCUGGGUCUCCUCAGUUGCAGUCUGACAUUAACCACUACAUCACACUGUCAGGCUGUGAACCUCCAGCCUGUGGGCCAAAAAUGGCCCACCAGGGAUCCCCAUCUGGCCUGCCAGAACAUUUCAGGUGUGGGGCAGCUACCAAUGUGACUAGAAGGAAGCAAUAAUCACUUUGCUCCAAUCACACCAAGCAGUUUCUGUUGAAACCAGUACGAAAACGGAGCAAAAACAGCUCUGUUAAGCAGCAGUUUCAAUGACUUGCCAACUGUUGGAAGGAGCAGCCAAGCGCCCAAACCAAAGCUGAAAACAGUCUGUGUGUCCACAUGUUGCUUGUGGAUAGAACACUUAAUCUUUGCUCUUGACUGGUAAGAGCAGACCUAAUGGAUUAUAAGUAGAAACAGAAAUGUGGGUAAUUAAUUGGCUCCAAAGGAGGUGAGAGAGUCCAAAGAUUCACUCUGAGAAUAUCCUGAGAACAAGAUAGGUCAGAUGUAGCUUUUCUAGGCUGCUCUGUGUCUUUGACUCUUAAUGCUGUUUUUCAGAAGCUCUGCCCAGAUGUUCAGCUGUGAGACAACUGGACACAGUGAGCUGAGGGGAAGGAAGGAAAGCAGGACUAUUUUGUAGUCUCUGUCGAGAGACCAGCUCCCUUUGGCUCUCUGCAACAAUCACCUGCUACUAGCUGUUCCAGAAAGCUGCAGAGAAGCAAACAGGACUAUUUUCUUUUACCUCUGCUGACGGAUCAGCUGCCUUUGGUCCCUCGUGGCAGCCAGUCCAGCAGACUACCUGAACUGUUCCCACCCUGGGUGGUCAUUACAAUAACGCACCCAAGAUGUUUGCGUUGUUCUGUGUCACAAGUUUGGCCAUCUGUACAAGUGGGCAGCCUCUUCUCAGCCAGUUUAAAGGCGAGCAUUAUUCUACAAGAUACGUGUGUAGCAUACCUGGGUUGCCAGGUGCUGCAGGUCUUCCUGGAGAUAACGGAUUACCUGGACCUCACGGGCGCAUUGGGAUCCCAGGACGAGAUGGCCGAGACGGCAGGAAGGGAGAAAGGGGCGAAAAAGGCAAUGCAGGUUUAAGAGGAAAGACGGGCCCUGUAGGACCAACUGGGGAGAAAGGAGACCAAGGAGAAGCUGGCAAAAAAGGACCCACAGGGUCAGGAGGUGUUAAAGGCAGUGUGGGUCCCGUGGGUCCCGUUGGUCCCAAGGGGGAUAAAGGAGACAGAGGAAAACCAGGUUUGCCAGGAACCUGUAAGUGCGGGCAAAUAGUACUGAAAUCCGCCUUUUCUGUUGGGAUCACGACGAGUUACCCAGAGGAAAGGCUGCCAAUUGUUUUCAAUAAAGUCCUUUUCAAUGAAGGAGGGCAUUACAACCCUUCGAAUGGGAAGUUCAUCUGUGCCAUCCCAGGGAUCUAUUACUUCUCCUAUGACAUCACUUUGGCAAACAAACACCUUGCCAUUGGCCUGGUUCACAAUGGGAAGUUCCGGAUCAAGACAUUUGACGCCAACACAGGGAACCACGAUGUUGCUUCCGGGUCCACUGUGAUAUACCUUCAGCCAGAGGACGAAGUAUGGCUUGAGAUCUUCUACACGGAUCAGAACGGUCUCUUUGCCGAUCCCACAUGGGCAGACAGCCUGUUUUCAGGAUUUCUCCUGUAUGUUGAUACAGACUAUCUGGAUUCCCUAUCAGAUGAAGAUGAACUGUGAAGCUGGAGAUAAGCGACCUCUAAGUGAACACAAGACAAUGAACAGAAUCUGGCCUUCACUGUUACUGAGACAAUUCAAGGAAGAAUUUUUGUUUUGCUGACGAUGCAUCCGAAGCAGAAGACUUCUCUUGCAGUAACAGAUGCUGUCUGCUGCUGCUUUUAUUAAGCAGAUGGUUCUACUAAGUCGAUGUACAUAACAGUCUUCUCAGAAACCAUGCUUAUAAUAUUUAAGCAAAUGUACAUGCAGUUUUAUAUAAAAUAUGUUCAGUAAAUGGCUGGAUUACUAUUGCUGUAAAGCUAAAUAUAAAUGAUAUCUGUGGUAAAUACUUUUAUGGUUCAAGGGAGGUAAGUGUUAAUAAAGUAAUGAAAGAAAAAAAUGUAAAUGCAAUUGUACUGCUGUUCACUCUUUGAAAUGAUUUGACCACAGUCAAGACUUGGAAAAGUGUGCAAGCUGAUUCCUGUAUGCCUUCCUUCCACCUUACCUGCCACCCAAAUGGGAAUGGAAUUUUCUGGGAAAACUCAGAGCCAAACGUAUCCACACAGGGUUUUUUUUAAAUUCCCAUACAGAUCCUUAAUCUCAUCAAUUAGCUUAAAAUACAAACAAUUCUAUCCAUAAUGUCUGUGUUUAUAAAGGCCAGGUUUCCUAAGUUAAGCUGUAAAUAAGCAUAUACUAUUAAAAGGUUAAAAAAAGGUAAAGGACCGCUAAAUGGCUAAGUCCAGUUAAAGGCGACUAUGGGGUUGCGGCGCUCGUCUCGCUUUCCUGGCCGAGGGAGCCGAUGUUUGUCCACAGACAGUUUUUCCGG